AUGGAAAUUAUUUCAUCAAAACUAUUCAUUUUAUUGACUUUAGCCACUUCAAGCUUGUUAACAUCAAGUAUCUUUUGUACAGAUGAAUUAAUGAGGUCCAAUCUUCACAGCAAAAAAAACUAUGGCAAGGAUUCUGAGCCUAGAGGAGAUACUAAGUGGGAAAAAGAAAGAAGUCUCAAUUUUGAAGAAUUAAAAGAUUGGGGUCCAAAAAACGUCAUUAAGAUGAGUACACCUGCAGUCAACAAAAUGCCACCCUCGACAGCCAACUUGCCAUUGAGGUUUGGAAGGACCCUGGAAGAAGAAAGAAGCACCGGGGCCAUGGCCAAUCUGCCUCUGAGAUUUGGAAGAAAUAUAGAGGACAGCAUCUCGGGACGUGUUCCUAAUCUGCCCCAAAGGUUUGGGAGAACAAUAGGACCCAAAAGUGUCACCAAGACACUGAGUGAGUUGCUCCAACAAUCCACGCAUUCGUCAUCUGCCAGUAGGUUACUUUACUCCAUGACAUGUCGGCCCCAAGAAAUCCAGAAUCCUGAUCAAAAACACCCAAGGAGACUUGGAUUCAAGAACGUAGAUGAUGCAGAAUUGAAACAAGAAAAGUAAGAAAUCCGAAGCCUGUCCCUAAAGACAAGAUAAAGCCUGUA